CUCUCAGCUUGCUUAUCACUCUCUCUCUCUCUCUCUCUCUCUCUCUCUAGAUCUCUCUCUCUCUCUCUUAAACACAUACACAGAGAGACACAAAAUCCAAAAAAGUAAAGAUGAAGGUUCUCUUUGCAACAUUGCUCCUAGUCACUCUUGUCCUCACUUCUUCUCUUAUUCACUCCACUAUGGCACACUCUCCAGCAGUGCUAGGAGAAGGGUAUUGUGGGAAGAAGUGUGCAGUGAGGUGUUCAAAGGCAGGGGUGAAAGAUAGAUGCUUGAAAUACUGUGGAAUAUGCUGUAAUGAGUGCAAAUGUGUGCCUUCUGGUACUUAUGGUAACAAGCACGAGUGCCCUUGCUAUAGGGACAAGAAGAAUUCCAAAGGCCACCCCAAAUGCCCUUAAUUUUAUUUUUAUUUUUAUUAAUACCACAAAAAGUGAAGUGAUGAUUUAAUUUCUUGUGGUCAUUAUAAUUAAUAAUUAUUAUAUCUAAGCAAAUAAUUGAACUUUUAUUUUAUGUAUCCUAUGUCUUUCUUUGAUUGGGCAUGGUUUCAAUAUAUAUGUUAUGCUAUUACUACUAUUUGAUUCUAUUUGAAUUGUUGAGUGGACAAUCUUA